UUCUCACUUAAAAACGCCGGUUUGGCUCGUGAUGGCCAAAAUAUUGCAUAAAAUGUCGCCAAAAGAACAGUGUCACACAAUUGCGUUUUACACAACUGUUUUCAGUUACACAAAAUGGUCAUUAUAGAAGAUUUUUGUCAAAAUUGUUUAAAACUCUGACGCCAUAGUUUGACACUGACAAUAUUGACAAUUAUUUAAAUUUAAACUCUAAAACCACAACUUUUAGCAAUCUUCUUCAAUAGACUGAAAUGAAUUUUAAAUUUUGGCAAAAAUUUAAGAUUAAAGAUGACUUAACGGCUUUAGACAGACUGACCCUAGGCCUCGCCGAAUUUUUUGGUACUGCCAUUUUGAUGUUUGUGGGCUGCCUAGGAUGUGCACAUUAUGCCUCAAGUCCAGCAAUACCAAGACCCUUAUUCCAGAGUGGGAUUGCAUUUGGCUUUUCCAUUUUAAUGGCCAUACAAUGUUUUGGCCACAUUUCGGGAUGCCAUAUAAACCCCAUCAUAACCCUCGGCGCAUUUAUUGUUGGAGUACUUCCUCUUAUUGAAGUUCCAGUUUACUUAAUUGGGCAAUUUUUGGGAUCAUUUGCUGGUUUUGGUCUUGUCAGAUUGCUGCUCCUAGAUGAUUAUAUUUUUGGAAAUGUUCCCGGAGCAAAGCAAGCAGGGAUUUGUGCAGUAGGACUAAAUUCGGACUUGACACCACUGCAAGGAUUAUUUGUAGAAGUUUUGAUUUCCUUUAUUUUGGUAACAAUUGCUUGUUCAGUUUGGGAUGAGAGAAACGAAAAUAAUUCAGAAAGCGUUUCUAUGAAAUUUGGAUUUGGGGUCGCAUCGAUCGUAAUUGCUGCAGGUCCAUAUACUGCAGCCCAUAUGAAUCCAGCAAGAACAUUAGGACCCGCAGUUCUAAAUGGAUAUUGGGAUUACCACUGGAUUUUUUGGGUUGGACCUUUAACUGGAUGUCUUCUGGCUUCGUUACUUUACAGUAUUCUUUACAGCAAAGAUUCCAAGACUUCAUGAACAUUUCAAUAGUUUAUUAAUUUAGCAAAAUGUUUUUACGUGUAAAAAAAUAAAUAAAUUAU